AUUGCGCACCCAGCAUCGUAGGUUAGAAAAAUUAAAGGCCGUUCGAUUGACCAACGUAACACUCUCUCUCUUUCUCUCUCACCCAAUUCCGGAUCAGUCUUCUUCCAAGCCCUUAAUCUCAAGAAAAAAUGCAGGAGAAGAAACCAGAAACCGCAUCAACGCCACCCAAAAGCCCUAAGAAGACUAAUCUUUUGGAUCACCACUCCAUUAAACACAUGCUCGAUGAGUCUGUUUCUGAGAUCGUUACGAGCCGUGGCUAUGUCGAAGACGUGAGACUCAGUAAUGUUCGGUUGUUGCUCGGAACUGUUAUCAUUGUUAUUGCAUUGUUCGCUCAGUUUUACAAGAAAAAGUUCCCUGAGAACCGUGAUUUCCUCAUUGGUUGCAUCGUGUUGUAUGUAGUCUUCAAUGCGUUGUUGCAGCUGAUCAUAUACACAAAGGAGAAGAAUGCGAUCCUGUUUACCUAUCCUCUUGCGGGCUCAUUCACAAGCACUGGAUUAGAGGUCUCUUCCAAACUACCAAGAUUCUCUGAUAUGUACACUCUUACUAUUUCAAGUGCUGACCCCAAAUCUAUUUCUGCCAAUGAACCAGUAGAGUCGACAAAAAGUGUAACUAAAUGGUUCACGAAGGAUGGAGUCUUGGUUGAGGGCCUCUUUUGGAAAGAUGUUGAAGCAUUGAUGGAUCAAUAUGUGAAAGAACCAAAGAAGAACAAAUGAUAUGGAAGCUCCAAACUUCACUUAUAGGGCAACACUGAUUGGACAGGAGCUCUAGUUAUGCUAUCAUGUAAUCACAGAUGUUGAGCAGGAACAUUCUGGUCCUUUUACAUUGGUUAUUUUAAAACUAAACCCGUUGAAUUGAAGUUUCCUCCAUUUUGAGAAAAAUAUAUAAGAUGAGUUUUAGUCAGAGCUCUCA